AUGAGGUGGAAAAUCCCACUGUCUCUCGUCGUCCACUGGACGGGGAUUGCCAACGCCGCCGCACUCUCCAGUAACCCACCAUGUCCAACAGAUGCCAAAGUUGUCAUCGAACAGCAACCGUUCGAGAUUCAAUGUUCCGGGAGCAUCUCCCUCUCGACCAGGACUAGGACCUACACUGAGUGGGUGACCACCACCGAUGUUGUCCAGGGUGGGACCACGUCAAAGGCAACGAUAGUUUACACCACUUCUAAUCCUCCUGGUCUUAUUACCGUCACUUCAACCGGCACUCAGACGGGAGCUACAACCAUUCCCCCAAAUAAUCCCGGCGAUCCGACCACUAUCGUCACCUAUGUUCCACCUCUGCCCACCGUCACUUCCCUCGCCAGCACCGCCGGCUUGACUACUGUUCCGCCUGGUCCAAACGGUGGCCCAUCGACCGUGGUCACCUUUGCGACAGGCCCUGUCACGGUGACCUCGUCGGCAAAGACUACCGGCCUUACCACAGUUCCUGGUUCAAAUGGAGGUCCUCCUACCGUCAUCACUUUUGCCACCACCCCGUUGGUUCCAGUGACCGUAACUUCGACCGCUUCAGUCACCGGGUUGACAACUAUUCCUCCCGGACCGAACGGAGGCUCGCCUACUAUAGUAACCUUCGUGACGCCCCCUGCUGGUCCAGUCACGAUCACCUCUUAUGCCUCCACGACCGGCUUAAUAACUCUGCCUCCUGGCCCGAACGGUGGCCCCCCAACUGUCAUUACCUUUGCAACUGGGCCUCCAGGCACAGUAACGAUCACGUCUUUUGCGUCAACUACGGGCCUAAGCACCCUUCCGCCCGGUCCUAAUGGCGGCCCGACGACUAUCAUCACUUUUGCUACUACACCCCUAACCCCUGUAACUAUCACCCAGACGGCAUCCACGACCGGCUUGACAACAGUCCCUCCUGGUCCGAACGGCGGCCCCCCAACUAUCAUCACGUUCGCUACUAUACCGCCUGGUACAGUAACGAUCACUUCUACCGCAUCGACUACUGGCUUAACGACCGUUCCUCCCGGCCCCAACGGUCCCUUUACUGUCAUUACCUUUGCGACUGGGCCUCCGGGCACGGUAACGAUCACGUCUUUUGCGUCAACUACGGGCCUAAGCACCCUUCCGCCCGGUCCUAAUGGCGGCCCGACGACUAUCAUCACUUUUGCUACUACACCCCUUACCCCUGUGACUAUCACCCAGACGGCCUCCACGACCGGCUUGACAACAGUCCCUCCUGGUCCGAACGGCGGCCCGCCGACGGUCAUCACUUUUGCCACGGGACCUCUGCCUCCCGUGACGAUCACAUCGACAGGAUCAACGACCGGCCUGACCACGGUCCCGCCUGGUCCAAAUGGCGGUCCUACUACCGUCAUUACAUUCAUUACCGGUCCCCCACCAGUCACCCUCACAUCCACUGCGUCGAUAACUGGCUUGACUACCCUCCCAGUUGGACCUAACGGCGGACCUCCCACCGUUGUCACAUUCGUUACGCCUCCUCCUCAGACCCCCGUGACCAUCACCCAGACGGCAUCAACCACCGGCUUGACUACUCUUCCCCCGGGCCCUAACGGCGGUCCGCCGACAGUCAUUACCUUUGCUACCGGCCCUCCGGGUGUCACUCCUCCCGUCACAGUGACUUCGACCGGAAGUACUACCGGCCUUAUCACAAUCCCGCCCGGGCCGAACGGUGGCCCCACUACGAUCGUUACCUUGGUCACCGGUCCCCCGCCGGUUACGGUAACGUCCUUCGGAAGCACUACCGGAUUGACCACUUUACCUCCGGGUCCUAACGGAGGCCCGCCUACUAUUGUCACCUUCGCAACCACCACCCCGCCAGUGCCGGUCACAAUUACUCAGACUGGCACUACUACUGGGCUCACAACCGUUCCUCCAGGGCCCAACGGUGGACCUCCCACAGUCAUCACUUUUGCAACGGGGCCUCCUCCUGUGACUCUCACCCAGACUGCUAGCACAACCGGCCUGACAACGAUUCCCCCUGGCCCCAACGGCGGUGUCCCCACAGUCAUUACUUUCGUAACCCUUCCUCCAUUGACCCCGGUCACCCUCACUCAGACUGCGACCACCACUGGUCUCACGACAAUACCUCCUGGACCCAACGGAGGGCCACCAACAGUCAUUACAUUCGCAACGGGCCCUCCCCCCAUUACUAUUACUCGAACUGCCAGCACAACUGGUCUCACCACCAUUCCCCCUGGCCCGAACGGCGGCGUUCCUACUGUCAUCACUUUUGUAACCCUUCCGCCGCUGACUCCAGUGACUGUCACUUCAACUGGUACUACCACAGGUCUCACGACUGUGCCUCCUGGACCUAACGGUGGCCCCCCGACGGUCAUCACUAUCGUCCCAGGCCCGUCCCCAGUAACUCUCACUCAGACUGCAAGCACUACUGGUUUGACUACCGUUCCUGGCGGUCCCGGUGGUCCCAACACGGUUAUCACCUUCGUAACGACCCCGCCCCCGGUAACUCUCACUCAGACCGCCACAACUACCGGCCUUACAACUGUGCCUGGAGGAGCCGGCGGCCCUAACACCGUUAUUACCUUCGUCACCGGCACUCCUCCAGUUACCGUCACUCAGACAGCCAGCACGACCGGCCUCACCACUUUGCCUCCGGGGCCCAAUGGCGGACCGACUACUGUAGUGACCUUCGUCACUAGCACUCCACCUGUCACUGUGACCCAGACUGCCAGCACUACUGGUCUCACCACGUUGCCUCCCGGCUCCAACGGAGGACCGACUACCGUGGUUACUUUCGUUACUGGCACUCCUCCCGUUACCGUGACUCAAACCGCUAGCACUACCGGCUUGACAACCGUUCCGCCCGGUCCCAAUGGGGGUCCCACCACCGUGAUCACCUUCGUGAUGAGCCCUCCCCCAGUUACUUUGACCUCCACCGCUACUACAACUGGCCUCACAACUUUGCCCCCGGGACCUAAUGGAGGACCUCCUACUGUGGUCACUUUCGUGACCACCACCCCACCAGUCACAAUCACAUCAACCGGCACCAACACUGGCCUGACUACAAUCCCUCCUGGAACCGCAGGCGGACCUCCCACUGUGGUGACGCUCGUGACCACUACCCCUCCAGUCACCCUCACAUCCACUGGCACAACCACCGGUCUGGUCACGAUCCCCCCCGGCCCAAGCGGUGGUCCUCCUACCGUGAUCACCAUCGUACCUCGCAUCGGUAUCAUUCGGACUUUUACUCAGACCGCCAGCCAGACCGGCGUCACGACUUUAUCAAACUCCGAUCCCUUCGGCACGACUACCGUCAUCACCUUCGUCACGGUGCCUACUGGUGCUCUGACUACUGUCACUUCGACUGGUACCCGAACUGGAGCCACAACCAUUAUUCCCACGGAUCCGGCCGGCACUACUAGUGUCAUCACAUUCGUCCCGCCAGCGACCGGAUUCGUCACGACACUCGUGUCAACAGCAACCCAGACGGGCGUCACCACUUUGCCCCAGACGGACCCCACUGGCACAACAACCGUCAUCACUUUUGUCCCUGUGACGGGAGCCAUCACAACCCUCGUAUCGACGGGUACUCGGACAGGCGUCACAACUUUACCUCAGACGGAUCCCUCUGGAACAACAACUGUGAUUACCUUCGUUCCCCCCGUGACAGGCGCGGUCACAACUCUCGUAUCGACAGGCACGCAGACGGGUGUCACAACCUUACCCCAGACGGAUCCAUCGGGCACAACAACUGUGAUUACCUUCGUUCCCCCCGUGACAGGCGCGAUCACGACUCUUGUGUCAACGGGCACGCAGACAGGCGUCACGACCUUGCCCCAGACAGAUCCCUCUGGUACAACGACGGUGAUUACUUUCGUUCCCCGUAUAACAGGCGCGAUCACGACUCUUGUGUCAACGGCGAGCCAGACGGGAGUAACGACUUUGCCCCAGACAGACCCUUCCGGCACUACGACCGUCAUCACUUUUGUUCCUCCUGUUACGGGCGCAAUUACGACUCUUGUCUCUACGGCUACCCAGACGGGCGUUACGACCCUGCCCCAAACGGAUCCCGCUGGUACUACUACCGUCAUCACUUUUGUUCCUCCUCUUACGGGCGCAAUUACAACUCUUGUCUCUACGGCUACCCAGACGGGCGUUACGACCCUGCCCCAAACGGAUCCCGCUGGUACUACUACCGUUGUCACUUUUGUCCCUCCCCCAACGGGUGCUAUCACGACGAUCGUAUCAACCGGGACGAGGACGGGCGUAACAACUCUACCUCAAACGAAUCCCACUGGUACAACGACCGUUGUCACCUUCGUCCCCCCCGGCGCUUGUGCCACUCCGCCCGUGGAUUGUGCCGCAUCCGGCCUCACUCUCAAGCUCUACGCAAACUCGGUCCAAGUUGCCGAUGGCUAUGGAGUCUCAGACGGCCGAUCUGGAGUCGGGCCCGAUUACUACCUCACUCAGAAUGCCCUGGCUCAAGGCAGCACGAACUCAAUUUCCGUUCCCUACAAGGAUGCGAGCGGCACGACCGUCACGCCCUACACUCCCCAGACAUCAGGCUCUUCGACGGGCUUCCGGUACUACGAGGGUCUGACGCAGACGUACGGCGGCAUCACGUACAACGCCAACAACUUCACCCUCGUCUUCACCGGAUACUUCCGGCCUGAUCAGAGCGGAACGUACAACUUCUGCUACGGGUACGCCGACAACCGCGACGCUUUUUACCUUGGAGACGCUGCCUUCGCUUGCGGCAGGCCCGCGAACGCGGAUACCCCCAGGGGAGCUACUCCCCUGGCAAAGAGUUGGUUCGCUGCCGACGGAAACACCGGCUGCGCCAGCGUCAACCUCGUCGCGGGGGCCUUCUACCCGGUUCGACAGGUGUUUGGUAACUGGGGUACUCCCUCGUCUCUAAACUUCUUCUUCAACGGACCGGGCCAUGCGACGAACUCGUCUGACAUCUCGGGGCUUGCCUAUCCUGAAUCGUGCACCGCAGCCCAGCCCUCCAGCUCGUCAACAACUUCAGCCGCCACGGGCUUCGUCACUACGAUCGUGUCGACGGCGACGCAGACCGGCGUGACCACAUUGCCCCAAACGAAUCCCGGCGGCACGACCACCGUCGUCAGCUUUGUGCCUCCGGCCACGGGUGCCGUGACCACCGUGGUCUCAACCGGAACCCAGACUGGCGUAACUACUCUGCCCCAAACUGACCCGACUGGCACGACUACCGUGGUCUCGUUCGUACCCCCAGUCACUGGCCUCGUAACUACCGUGGUCUCGACAGGUACCCAGACCGGCGUGACUACACUACCCCAAACUGACCCGGCUGGCACGACCACCGUAGUGUCAUUCAUACCUCCGGUCACUGGUGUCGUAACUACCGUGGUCUCAACCGGAACCCAGACUGGCGUAACUACUCUGCCCCAAACCGACCCUGCUGGCACGACCACCGUGGUCUCGUUCGUACCUCCGACGGGCGCCGUGACGACCGUAAUCUCAACCGGAACCCAGACUGGCGUGACGACCUUGCCCCAAACCGACCCGGCCGGCACAACUACCGUAGUCACUUUCACGACGCCCAUCACCGGCGCCAUAACGACUAUCGUUUCAACGGGUACCACGACCGGCGUGACCACCCUCCCCCAGACCAACCCGGCCGGCACAACCACCGUCGUCACUAUCACGACGCCCAGCUGCACCCCGGGACUCCGAUGGGCCUACUACGGCUUCUCCCGCGCCGCCUCCGACACCGUCAGCACAGCCGGUCGCAUCCCCUACCACAACACCGACGACACCUCCAAGGCGAACUGGAAGACCACCUACUUCAACAUCCCAACUGUCCUCAAUGGCCAGACCCCGAGCAACACGGGCUACACCACGACCAUCGGCCUCGCUCAGCAGUGCGACACCACCACCCGCACGGUAUACGGUACAACGACAAGCGGCCAGUCCAACUUCAUGAUCGUCCAGCACAUCGGCUACUUCCACCCUCUCACCACCGGCACCUACACUUUCAGCUUCAGCGGCGUUGAUGACGGCGUCUAUCUCUGGCUCGGCCAGGGAAGUGCCGCAAAGACGGGCUUCACCAACGCGAACGCGCAGAAGAACGUCGAUUACUAUGACACGAGCAGCUCCGGCACGUACACGUUCGCGGCAACCGCGGGGCAGUACUACCCCAUCCGUCUCCUCUUCGUCAACGCUCAGCAGUGUGGUCUGUUCAAUUUCUCGCUCACGAACCCCUCCGGUGGCGUCGUCGUCUCCAACACCCAGGCCGUCACGAACAACCAGCUCGUGUUCAGCUGUCCCACCGUCGCAGACGCUCAACCAUUCAAUUUCUAA